CCAAUUCUCCUAACCUUCGACAUUUAACAGGCUUCGUAAUUUCUCAUAAACCGGCUACGAAAAGUCAAUUCUAACAAAUGCUGGAUCCCUUCUAUCCAUGACCACGAACAAGAGCUACGUUCACAACUCCCACACUCCCCAAUGUUUUUUGACAGUUUUUUGUAACACAUUUCAUGGAGAACUAUUCAAAUAUAUGUUCACCUCUUCCCUAAAUUGAUUGUGUUGAGGCGAGUUAUAUUGUUCUAACGAUCAGGGUGGAAGCAUGGCUUCUCGUGGCAAAUCAGAAACUGGGAAACUAAAACAAAACAUGGAGGAGCAACUGGACAGAUUGAUGCAACAGCUCCAAGAUUUGGAAGAGUGCAGAGAAGACCUAGAAGAGGAGGAGUAUGAGGAGACCAAGAAGGAAACCCUGGAGCAGUUGAAUGAGUUCAAUGAGUCUCUGAAGAAGAUGGUGACAGGCAACAUGACACUGGUGGAUGAGCUUGGAGGAAUGCAACUGGCAAUCCAGGCUGCCAUCAGCCAAGCUUUCAAGACCCCCGAGGUGAUCCGAAUGUUUGCCAAGAAGCAACCAGGGCAGUUGAGAACCAGAUUAGCAGAGAUGGACCGUGAUGUCAUGGUGGGGAAACUUUCGAGGGAUGUGUACACUCAGCAGAAGGUGGAGAUCCUCACUGCCUUGAGAAAACUGGGCGAGAAGCUUACAGUCGAAGAUGAGACUUUUCUGGCUGAAAAUGUGACCGCAACUCUCAGCCAAUUUGAAAAAAUCACUGCAGACCUCGGAUCAGAAGACAAGAUAAUGGCUUUAGCUAGUUCUGGUGUGGAGAAAACCAAGGUAUAGAGGGUAAUCAGGUGUUGUCCAAUGUCUAUGUUGUUGUUUAACAUCAAGUGUUUCCACCCAAUAACAGUGCCAUAAUAUUGGUCAUGUAAAUCAAUCGUGCACUUUGAUCGUACUUGCUUUUAAAGAGUAAAGUUCAACUUUUGUACACUUUUUUUUUUUUCUGAUGAUUGUAAAACUUGGUAUGCAUUUGGUACUAGAGUAUUUGAGUAGAGUAGUCUAUUUAUAAUUUGAACAGUCCAUCGGUCAUCCUUUUUGUUAAGUGUGGCUCAGACAUUUAAGGCUUUAAAUUCAGUUUUCAUACGGAUUGUCUUCAUGGCUAAAUCAUUUUGUUUUAGCUCUUGGAUUGAAUUAUUUUUCCUGCAUAACUGUUCAUGUCAAAAUAAAUAAAUGAAUCAUUGCAGUGUUAAAUAUGCAACGCUGGGCUUAAAUGUGAUUGCAUAACACACCAACUUGAACCAGCUCUGAUUCUUAAUUGAGAGGAGCCCGAAAAUGUCAAUCUAAAGUCAGUUUACAGUGUAUAUGCAUCAUUUUGGAUGUGUGGUAUGUUUAAUGUCGGACUACAAAAUACUUUCUAAAAAUAGUCAUAAGUGGUAUAAGUUUCUCCAUGAUGUUUGAGAAAUGUAACUUUAUAUUAGGAAUACAAUCUUCUGUCUCAUUAAAUAUAGUAGUGUUGUGGUUAAAACACAUUGCCAUUAUUCUAUACACUAGUUCUGUUCUUUCAGCACCAGGGGGCACCAUGAUCAAACAUUCCUAUUUAUAAGCAACACCAGUGCUCUGACUCACCUGACAGUCUUAUAACUGAGUGGAUUUGAACUAGCGAAGCCGGUGGGGGAGGCAUGCCUUGCUCGAAUGGACCGGUAAUCUGCGCCGCUUGGUCAUAUUGUCAAGAAUGGAGCAUGGUGUAUUUUAUUUUCCAUGAAAUGUAAGUUAGAAUUGAAAAAAAGUAUAAUUGGGAAGGCAGAAAGCAUUUAUAUCAAAAGUAAUCACUUUUGCAUGUAGAAUCCUACUCCACAUGGCUGAAGCGGCCAUCAGUUUCACAGAGUUCAAAAUUAGCCAGGCUGCAUCCUUUUCCAUGUGUACUUGCACACUUCCUCUUAUGUAGAACCAUUGUAUUGGUGUAAUCAUUGGCUAGAGAAUGUUUCCACCAUGCGGCGGUGUGCAAGUGCACACUUUAGUAAAAAGGCAAGGGCAGAUACAGCAGACCUCAAGUACAGAGAAUGACACCAGUCUUAAGUGUGAACUCAUAAUAUAGAACAGAACAUAAUCCAGACACAUUUGUACUCUCUCAUCCUUUAUUUUGUUCACGAGCAAGCAUCAACUUCACUACAAUUUGCCUUUCAAUUGGUAGAAAAGUGAGAGCAGCCCCAACAAGCACAAAAGGAAGCGUUCAACAGUUCUGAAAACAUUGUUACCUUCCAUUUUUGAGCAAAGAUAAACCAAAAAUGUUUGAGUGGUGUGGACUUGUGAAAACAGACAAUCCGAGAAUCAGUAGUAUACAUGUCCCCUCUCCCACUCAAAUCUCACAGUUCCACAUGUAAUAUACAGAAAAUUGUUGUUUUCAUUAGAAGUGAUUCAUGCAACGUAAACACCCGUUGAAUCCCAAAGCUCAUGUCUGCUGGAUGGACAGCGACAUUCAUUCAAUUCAAUGGAAAGGAAAAUGUCCAAGGGGCUGAUCAAAAGUAUCACAGAACUUGACUUGAGGCCCAAGCUCCACUGACUGGCACAAACAGUUGUAAACUCUGGCCCCUUGGAAUGGUGGCUGUUCAGUAGUAUGUUUGAUUUGUACUUUUCAAUAAAUAAAGAAAAUGUUUAAAAGGGAGAUGAGAAUGUUAAAUUGACAAUGGACUGUGACAAAAUGAGCGUGAGAAUUUUGGAGAGAAUAAGAUUAUACUCUUGUUCUGGUGAAUUUCAUGCUGCCCUCAACAACUUUGUCUGCAAAUCAGGCAAUAAUACACUGUUCAAAAUUACCGUUCACUAUACACAAAUAGGUAACUUUAUACCCACAUAUGCUGCCUAGAGCAUUUUAAUAUUGUACAUAUUUUUAGAAGUGGAUUUCCUCAAUAUGAUGAUUCAGUACAAUAUCUAUUGAGGAUACAAUAUGGUCCUACUUUCGCUACACAUCAACAUAGACACAUGACACCUAUGUAAAACAUUAACUUUUAAUAAAACUAGCAGUGGACUAUUAUUACUACAAAAUUAAAUCACUUCCCCCAGCUCUGUAAGAAAUCUAGCAUUAAAUAGUUACAAAAUAAAAGUUGCCACAACUAAAAGAGCGUGGAUGAGUGUUUUGUUAGUUGUGUUAAUGCGCUGUGAUCGGCAAAAGGCACUCCCAACUUGGGCCAGCUCGAACCUGACCCCCUUAUUGGGCCCUAGUCAUUUUGAAGGGGAGACUGUUCACCACAUUUCGACAGUUGACCAAAAAUAAUAAAUACAUUGGGCCUAACAGAAAUGUGAUUGAGCGACUCCAGACAUAUGGUUUUGCUCAAACCCUCAAAAGUUACUUGGAA